AUGGUCAACCAGGCUCGCAGCCCUCGAUUCUGGGCCAUUCUAUUUACACUCGCGUUGACGAGCCUCCUGACAGCGUUGGAAGCCACCAUCACCUCGACGAUAUUACCGGACAUUGUUGCCGACCUGGGCGGAGGCGACAACUACAUCUGGGUAGCGAAUGGAUAUUUGUUAACCGCGGCAUCUUUCCAACCCAUGUUCGGACAAAUCGCAAACGUUUUCGGUCGCCGGUGGCCUAUGAUCGUGGCAACGGUCUUUGCUGUCUUAGGGAGCGGUAUAUGUGGGGGAUCCACGAAUAUGUCCACGUUGAUCGCCGGGCGCGUCCUGCAGGGCAUUGGAGGGUCAGGCAUCAGCGUCCUCGCCGAGACGGUAGUGUGCGACCUGGUCCCCCUGAGAGAGAGAGGAAACAUUAUGGCGCUGGUGUUUGGGAUGGUCUCUCUGGGAGCAGCGCUGGGCCCCUUGUUCGGGGGGCUGCUGGUCAGCUACAGCAGCUGGCGCUGGGCGUUCUACAUGGCGCUGCCGGUGGGCGGGCUGGCAUUGAUCCUGCUGGUGAUGUUCCUGCAUGUCAAUUACGACAAAUCCACGGCGCUGGCGACUAAGCUGGGGGCGCUCGACUGGCUGGGCAAUACUGUCUUUGUGGGAGCGUCGUGCUCUGUGCUGAUUGCACUGAGCUGGGCAGGGGGCCAAUACGCAUGGUCUUCGCCUCACACCAUUGUGCCUCUUAUCCUGGGACUGCUUGCCCUGGCAGCAUUUAUGGUGAUCGAGAGAUAUGCCGCAAAGAACCCGAUGAUGCCGCUUCACCUCUUCGCCAACCGAACCUCGGCAGUCACCUUUGCCCUCACCUUUCUCCACGGCCUGCUCACCAUGUGGGCAUUGUAUUUCCUUCCGGUGUACUUCCAGGGCGUGCGUGGUGCGACCCCGUACCGGUCGGGCGUCAUGCUGUUGCCCACCAUCUUCGCCCUGGUGCCGUCCGCCAUCACGGGCGGGCUACUGCUCACCAAGCUCGGCCGGUACAAGCCGAUCCUGAUCGUUGCGUUUGCCCUCAUGCUCGUCGGAUUCGGCCUUUUCUCCCUGCUUGGUCCGUCCUCGAGCGCGGGGGCCUGGAUCGGGUUCCAGAUCAUCGAGGCGGCCGGCGCGGGUCUGGCCAUUCCCACCCUGCUUCCUGCGCUGCUGGCCCCCUUGUCCGACAAGGAUACAGCGCUGGCGACGGGGACCUGGGCGUUUAUGCGCAGCUUCGGCCUGACGUGGGGGGUGGCCAUUGCCGGUGCUGUCUUUACCAACCGAGCAGAACAGCUGGCCCAGGCGGGCGCCAUCACCACAAACACAACCGUCACGGCCGAUUUCAUCGCCGGCAGGGCCUACCAGGACGCUACAGCGUCGUUCCUGGACUCCCUUUCCGCAGAGACACGCGAGCAGGUCACUGCUGUGCAGAACAGCAGUCUGCAGCGUUCAUGGCAGGUGGCCCUUGCCUUUGCCGGCGUCGGGGUUCUUGUUUCUGCCCUUCUCAAGGAGGUGCCUUUGAGAAAGGAGCUUGAGAGUGAAUUCGGCAUGAAGACGCAGCAUGACGAUAUACAAGCCAGUUAG